AGGAGGUGGUGGGAGACGUGGUGGCGGUUGUGGGGGACGUGGCUGGGGUGGUGGGGGACGCCGUGGAGGUGGUGGGAGACGUGGCGGGGGAGGUACACGUGGAGGCGGGAGACCUAAUGGCGGCAGAGGAGGUGGUGGGAGACGUGCUGGUGGUGGAGGAAGAAGCGGUGAUGGGAGACGUAAUUGUGCUGGAGGUCGCGGUGGACGACAGGGAGCAGGAAGGUGAGGCAGUGUAUCUGGACGUGGAGCUGGUGCCCUUGGACAAUGAGGGGGACAGGGACCAGGAGUUCAGGGAGGAUGGGCAGCAGGGCGAGGCUGAGGGAGGCUUGGCAUAUGUGCAGACGGAGGAGGAUCCAGAGCAGGACGAGGGGCAGCUCGAGGAAGGGCCGGGCCAGGGGCGGCAGCAGUGGCAGCCUGGGGAGCAGGAGGAGGACAGGCCGGAGGAGGAGCCGAAGCAUGAAGGGCCAGGGCCUGCCCUGGUGCUGAUGCCGGCCGUGGCCCCACUGGACGCGCUGCGGACCCUUCAGUUAGAGCUGGAGGUGCAGAAUGAGCAGGCCGCCAGGGCCUUCCGUCGGCUCAGGCUCAAGAUGUGUCAGAGGCGCAAGUCCCAGUUAGAAGUGAGGAGCACCAUUAUCCGGAGCAUCCCUGCCUUCUGGGCUAAGGCCGUAUCCUCGAUGCGCCCCGCCAUGCCUAUCAUGGGAACGCUCCUUGACUUUCAGCAGAUUCAGAAUCAUCCCCACUUGUCACCCCUGAUGGGACACUGGGACAAAGCCAUACUUGGCUUCAUGAGCAACCUGGAGGUGAAGGAAUCCAGGCGCCUGGGUGAUUGCUGCAAGAUCGUGCUAUUCUUCGACAAAAACCCCUACUUCUACAAUGAACAGAUUGUUAAGGAGUACGUCGUCGGUGUCACCAGAUACAGGGCGUAUGACUCUACCCCAGUUCGGUGGACGCAUCAUUAUGAGUGUAAGGCCCACAGGCUCAGGCACCAGAACGGUGGCCUUAACUUCUUCAACUGGCUGUCAGUCCACAGCUUUGCCGGGUCUGGCCGGAUUGCAGAGGUCAUCAGCGAGGACCUGUGGCCCAAUCCCCUGCCGUACUACCUGAGAAGCAAGGCUAUGAGGAAAGAAGUGAUGGGAGGUCAG